UAACAUAUCGUCAUUGUUUAGGGAAUCAGCUGAUGCAGGAAAGCCUCACGACGACGCAGGAUGCACAUAAUAGUGUUCUAAUCCUCUCACUUCCGCCCCUUUCGUGAGAUCCUGACACUACAAACCAAGCUCAAAAUGGGUUGUUGUUGUGGAUGUAAGCUCUGUUGCUGUGUGCUUCUUGUGGCUGCCGUGUUUAUUGCAGCUAGCUUAGGUCUCUUUAGUGCCUUCUUCCCAUAUCCAAGCCAUGCCUCAUGCCGUGUUAACUGGGUAUUUGGCAAGUCCUGCACAACAGUGAAGACCAAGCUUAUUGAACAGAUGAAGGCCUGGGAGCAUGAUGACUGCUCUACAAAACAACAGUGCGGCUAUGAGUACCUGGGUGAAGAUGGAAACGUUAUCCGAGGCUUGCACAGAACUCCUUUGUUAAAGUUUGAGGAUAAGCUGAACUUCACCAUGAAUGCCAACGGUGGAAACUGCCAUGUAACGGCGGUGAGCGUGUCUGGAUUGUCCUAUGCUGUGAUAGAUUUUGGCACAAACUACUGUAACUUGCGCAACUUAGUGAUUGGCUCAGGACUGGAUGAGAAUGAUAGGUAUUAUAAGGAGAAUUCAACCAACAGCGUUUGUACAAUGUACUCAAUUGCUCACUGUAAUCUCUAUACUUAGAGGGUAGAUAGCAAAAGAAGAGUGGUGGGUAAACGUACAUACUUUUCUCUGGAAGUCUGCACUCGUUUUCAAAUGCCUCAGGUCAAAUUACAUUAAGAAAAUGUUAUAUUUAAAAGUACUAUAACUUUUUUUUUUUUUUUUUCUCUCCCCCCCUCCAAAUACUUAAAUAUAUUAUGAAUGUGUGCUAUGGAAGAGAACCAUUUUAAACUUUGCAGCAUGUCCGUAUGCUAUUUGGGAAAACUCCUUUGCACAAUUUAAAAAAAAGGAUAACACCUUCAUAUAUAGAACUUUUCUUUAGGCCAAACAUAUACCCAAGAAAUUAUUAUUGAAAGUAUAUUCACAAAAUAUUUACUUGCAAAUUUGUAUCAUGACAUGUUACUUGAUAUAAUGUGAUUUGAUUAUGGAAGCCUAUGAAGCGUCAUCUCACAACAUUUACUUCUUUUACUCCAGUACCUGUAUUACCUGAAAAGGUUCCAAAGAACAAAGAAUUUUCAGUUGUUCUAAAAUCCAGAUGAUUGAAGCAAGUCCUCCAAAUAAGCUUCUGUAAUUACAGUUAAGAAUUUAUUCACUUUGCAUGAAACUGUUUGUUCGUCAUUUUCCAACUUUUCUUUUCUUUAUUCGUGUAGAUUUUUGUUUUAAAAGAAUGAAAAGAGGACUUCAUGCUAUCCAUAUCUCUGACAAAUUCCAAGCCACCUCAAACAGGUAAUGUUGCUGAUUUCUAUUUAUAUAAGAUACCAGUAGAUAUAAACAGCAAAUGUAGGUGCUUUUUAGAAGGGUAUUUUAGCACCAUGUAUUUAUUAUCCAGUUUCAAGUUCUGUCAUAUAUGAGGCUGCUUUCACAUUUAUGAUCAGCUGGGAGGCUGUAUCUAACUCCACGUGUCCUUUGAUCAUAGUGUCAUAGGCACUUUGUCACACAUACUUGAAGUAAUAGUUCCUAAUUGUCUUAUGGAAAUUUAUUACUCACAAUGCAAGAUGAAAUAAUAAUGUGCUGUGCUCUUCAUUUUUGCCAAUUCCAAGGAUUUUGGUACAAUGCACAAGCUAAUGUAGAAGUCAGCCAUUCAUUUUUUUUUUUUUUAUUAUUGAAUUGUUCCAAACUAUUCAUGCUUCAGUGUUCUUUAGAUGUCACAAUAUUUCUUACAGGCACAGAAGCACAGGCAAUUUACAAAUGUGCUCUUUCAUACUUAGACUUGCAUUUGUACUCUUAAAGCAUUAUAUUGGACACAAGAAUGUUUCAAUAUGAUUGAGAGCAUGCAGUGUAUAUGAUGUUGAUUCAUUUUUUUAUGAUCAAAUUCUUUCAGUUUGUGUUUGUGUGUGUGCAUGUAUGUAUGUGUGCGUGUCUGCAUGUGCGUGUGUGUAUGCGUGUGCAUGCGUUUGUGUGGGUUUGUGUGUUCAUGUACGUGUUUGUGUGCGUUUGUGUGUGUGUGCAUGUGUUAGUAUGCACAAGUGCAUGCAUGUAUGUAUGUGUUUGCGUGUUCAUGCAUUGAUAAUGUUUGUGGGUUGAAAUGUAUGUAUGCAAAAAUGCUUGACAUGUGUAUCUUGUACCAUUCUGAGAAAAAGUGAAUUACCAUUCAAUAGCAUUGCAUAAUCUCAUGGAUGUGAAUAAAUAACUACGUCCAAAGAGACUUGGUGUCUUCCAUCUAUUAUUAUUAUUACAACUGUGGAAAUGCUCUAAACUUGGUCAACUGACCAUGCUAUAACCGAGAAGAGAAAUAAUGAUGUAUUUUUCACAUUUUGGUGCCAUUUGUAUAGUUUUUAAGAAAAUACAAAGAUUUUUUUUUUUUUUUUUUUUU